AUGGCGUCCAGCAUUUACAUCCGCAGAAGAAGGAGCUCGGUUCUGAGGAAUGGAUUCUAUCAGAACAGUGUUGAGUUAGAGAAGCAAUUGAAUGAUAGCGUGAACAAGCAGCUCUAUGAAGUGAAAGACGCUGUGAUCAACGCAAGCUACCCGUCAUUGUUCUACUCCUCGCAACCCAUCGUUACCUCCCUGACCAGAGCGAGCGUCCAAGCAUUCUUUCUGGUGAUCGCAUUUCUCGCCUGGAAGGAGACCGUACAAGACUACUUGCACUCGACCAGCCAUGGCAUUGAGAACAGCCGAAGAUUGCGGUUUACUGUCAUUGAACUGGAGGGUGAAGCAUGCGCAGCCGUGACCAAUGUGAACGGCGUGUUGUUGCUGUUGGAGGGGAGACCGGUGAUGGAUGGUUGUGUCAACCAUCAACAAGAGAACUCAUUGAUCAUUGAAUGCCGCGAAAGCCGAAGAUGGAAUUCUUGGAUGCUGAACCACACAAGGGGGACGAAGUUUCCAGUAAGAUUCUACCUUGAAGAUCACGAUGCAACGGAGAUGAGAUGGAAAGUUGUUGGCUCGUCGUCCUACAUGACGUAUGCUUCAAGGCAUAUCUACUUCCAUGGGCGGUUCAGUCCUAGGUCUACGGAGGUUGGAUUGCACGAGUUCAGCAACAAGCCCAGCUGCCUGCAGUACCUGCAUAUGCUGCAUCCCUUGAUCACAGGGAUUUCUAUGACAACAGUGGCGUUCUGUGGAAUGCUUGGAAGAGAGCUUUGGGGCAAGAAAAUCAUGAAGUUCUUCGGGAUGUCGAGGUUUGCAGUGACAUGCUUGUUGCUUGGUGUAGAACUUUCGCUGCCUCCACCCAACGGAGACAAGAGCAUCACUUAUCACGCGAUGCUCCUUGCCAAUGGUGUGUUCACAGUGUGCUUCCUGGCUAAGGUCAAGCGUGAGGAGCUGUUGGCCUCCCUUGUGAACACAGGUGUUAUGUUGACUCUGACUGCAAUCGUCCUGGCGGGAUACCAUCACCGAGGAUUUCUUUCGCCCGCUAUCAGCCUUGGCUUGUACGGGAUUGUGAUCCUGGUGUUUCCGGUGUACGUUAUCUGUUACCGAGUCGCGAUUUCCUUUCAAGCCCACUCCCUGGUUCUCAAGGACAAACAAGCCUACGACGAGGUGUGGGAGGCUGUCGCUGCCAACAGCAAGGAGCAGAUCCUGCAGCUGCUGGAGUCGGUGGAUGCUGUGCAGGAGACGAUCGAAGGGGACUACUUACAGUACUCCAAGAGAGACUUUCAGACAAGCAAGAAGCUUGAGGUCAACCUCGAUGACCUCUAUGAUGCUGCUCGUGAGGUGCUUCCGCUGCUGAGGAGCAAGGUGGUACAAGUCGCGUCGGGGUCGGGAGGGAUGCUGCCUGUUCAGAUAGUGGACGGGGGCAUACACUACAUGAAGAUCCACCACCAGAGCUCGUUGGAGUUGUUCUGGGUCAAGUGGGCAUCGCUGAAGAGCAGGAGGAGGUCAGUGGAGAAGAUCGUCCGGACGUACUCGGGCGACGUCUACAAGCUCACUGACGUCGCUCGGCAGUCCAUCAUCUUCCACGACGUAGAGGCGCUCGUAACCUGUCUUCGCCUUCUGCAACAGGACCCCGACAUUCAGAUCGUCAGGGUCAAGAACAGGCUCGACCCGGACCAUGCCUCGUGGCAGACUGCUGGCUACCGGGACCUGAUGCUCAAGUUGAGGUUCGUGUCGAAGCCCUGGCACACCUGCGAACUGCAGUGCAUUCUGUGGUCCUUCCACCAGCUCAAGUCCUGCUAUGGUCAUCAGCGGUAUGUAGAGUUCAGAAACAUCCUCGGAACAUGA